AUGUCUACCGGCGAGGUGGAGCGGUUGUCGGCAGACCUCGGCGGGGCCGCCGGGGACGAGGAGGAGGAGUGGCUCUAUGGCGAUGAAAAUGAAGCAGAGAAACCAGAAGAAGAAAAAGCUAGUGCUCCACCUCCACCUGGAAUUGAAGAAGAAGCAGCAGAAAAUGGCGUUGUGAAAACAAAGGCGGCAGAGGCUGACGAUGAGAGUGAUAGUGACAGCGAUGAUGAUGAAGAUGAUGUUCAAGUCACCAUAGGGGAUAUUAAAACAGGAGCUCCACAGUACAGUUAUGGAGCAGCACCUGUGAAUCUCAAUAUAAAGACAGGAGGACGAGCUUUUGCAUCUUCUGGUGCAAAGGUGAAAGGGUUGGAUCUAGAUGCACCAGGGAGUAUUAAUGGUGUGCCACUUCUGGAAGUAGAUUUAGAUUCUUUUGAAGACAAACCUUGGAGAAAGCCAGGGGCUGAUCUUUCUGAUUAUUUUAACUAUGGGUUCAAUGAAGAUACCUGGAAAGCUUACUGUGAAAAACAAAAAAGAAUACGAAUGGGGCUUGAAAUUCUCCCAGUUACCUCAGCCACCAAUAAAAUCACGGCUGAAGACAAAGCUAUGGAAGUAAGACCAAGUGCAGAGAUUCUCGAUGGCAGAUACCAUCUUUUUAAGGUACAACAGGGCAGAACUGGAAAUUUGGAGAAAGAGUUGGCAGUGCAGUCGACCAAAGCUGAGUUCACAUCCCCUCCUGCCUUAUUCAAAUCAGGAAUCCCAACAAACAGGAGAUUAUCUGGCACAAUAGAUGUGAUUGGACAGAGCAUCACUAUCAGCAGGGUGGAAGGACGCCGGCGAGCUAAUGAAAACAGCAACAUACAGGUUCUUUCAGAACGAUCUAAUCCUGAAGUAGACAAUUUUACCAAGCCACCUCCAUUUUUCCCUCCAGGAGCUCCACCUACCCACCUUCCACCACCUCCUUUCCUCCCACCCCCUCCAACUGUCAGUUCUGCUCCACCUCUGAUUCCCCCACCAGGUAUCCCAAUAACAGUGCCACCACCAGGCUUUGCACCACCACCUGGCGGCCCUCCACCUUCCCUCAUACCCACCAUAGACAGUGGCCAUUCUUCUGGCUAUGAUGGUCGUUCUGUUCGUGCAUUUUCCUAUGGCAGUGUCACCUUUCCGCACCUUGCAGGUUCUGCUCCUUCCUGGCCUAGUCUCAUGGACACCAGCAAGCAGUGGGAUUACUAUGCACGGAGAGAGAAGGACAGGGAGCGUGAGCGAGAGCGAUCCCGAGAUCGGGACCGGGACCGAGAGCGGGAUCGAGAACGUACCAGAGACAGGGAGAGGGAGCGAGACCACAGCCCCACUCCGAGUGUCUUCAACAGUGACGAAGAACGCUACAGGUACAGAGACUAUGCCGAGAGAGGCUACGACCGCCAUAGGACGAGCAGGGAGAAAGAAGAUCGGCACAGAGACAGGAGGCACAGAGAGAAAGAGGAGACUAGACACAAGUCAUCUCGAAGUAACAGCAGACGUCGUCAUGACAGUGAGGAAGGGGACAGCCACAGAAGGCACAAACACAAAAAGUCCAAAAGAAGCAAAGAAGGAAAAGAAGCCAGUGGUGAACCUGCUCCAGAACAGGAGAACACUGAAGCUGCCCCUGUGGAAUAGGCUUGUGUGGUUGAGUUGGGUUGUG